AUGCCAAAAACAACCUCGACAGUCCGGAAUCUUGCAAAUGUUGUCACAGCACCGCUGGUCAAUCAUGCCGGUCAUGAUCACAAGGUGGUGGUUGUCGGGGCAGGAAGUGCGGGCCUCACAAUUAGCCACCAACUUGUCCGAACGGGGAAGUUCUCAAAGAAUGACAUCGCGGUAAUCGAUCCGGCGGAAUGGCAUCAUUAUCAGCCUGGGUGGACUCUUGUUGGUGGUGGUCUGAAGAAGAAGGAAGACCUGCGCGAGGGAUUAAAGGGCUUGAUCGACCCUAAGCUGAAAUUCUACAACAGCAAGGUGGAGGCCUUCUCGCCGGAACAGAAUUCCAUCACUCUAAACAAUGGCGAUAAGCUUAACUACCAACAUCUCGUCGUUGUGCCUGGCAUCAAAGUGGAUUUCUCCAGCAUCAAGGGCUUACCCGAGGCUCUUGACGAUCCGAAGUCUCUAGUCUCCUCGAUAUACAGCUAUGAAUACUGCGACAAAGUGUUUCCCAGCAUCCGGAAACUCACAAGUGGCUCUGCGCUGUUCACUCAGCCUGCUGGAGUCGUCAAAUGUGCCGGUGCUCCUCAAAAGGCGAUGUGGCUUGCGUUGGACUAUUGGAAGCGAGCAGGACUAUACAACCCAAGCGACCCUGUCCACUCGAAGAUCGACAUGACUUUCGCAACUGGUCUUGGAGUUAUGUUUGGAGUACCCAAGUAUGCAGCCAAACUCGAGGAGCUGAGGGUCAAGAGAGGCGUGGAAGGCCUGUUCGAGUAUGACCUCGUGAGCGUCGACGGCAAUGUGGCCACUUUCUCCGUCCGUGGCGAUAAAAAUCAACUCGUCAAGAAGCGAUUUGACUUUUUGCAUGCCGUCCCCAAAAUGGGCCCGCACGCUUUUGUCAGGAACAGCCCUCUAGCUAACGCCGCCGGCUUCGUGGAUGUCGACGACGCCACCACCCGGCACAAGAAAUACCACAACGUCUGGUCAGUCGGAGACGCUUCUAGUCUCCCCACAUCCAAGACAAUUGCAGCUAUUACAUCUCAGGCACCUGUGCUGGUCGAGAACCUCAUGCUAUGUUUGCAAGACAAGGCGCCAUCGGCAGACUACGACGGCUAUACAUCCUGCCCGCUUGUGACCGAGUAUGGCAAGGUUCUCCUAGCCGAAUUCAAAUACGGAGGCGAGCCAAAGGAGACGUUCAAAGGCUGGUUUGGAAUCGACCAGGCCACCCCUCGCCGUGCAUUCUAUCAUUUGAAGAAGGACUUCUUUCCUUGGGUUUAUUCGAAAUCCAUGAUCAAGGGCACCUGGGGCGGACCACGGGGCUGGAUCAGAUGA